GACAACGUGGUGGAAUUGGAUUCAUGGAUUAGCUCAAGCUGGCAAUGUAAGAAAAAAGUAUUAGAUUGGUUUAAAAGAAAUCUAAGCUUAUUUUUACAAUAAGGGAUUUCUAAAAAAGGUGCACCCGGUUACUUUCAAAAUAAUCUGAAAUGCACUAAUGGAGAAUUUCAUUUAGUAAGCCAAGGGCGUUCACCUUCUCUUCCAUAGUGGUACAGUCCAUCACCGGCGCGUCCCCAAAUUGCUGCGCCAGCCUAUAAAACUUCCCAACAGAGCAGAUAAAUCAGAACUUUUCAUCCGACGCGAAACAAGCAGGGGAAAAAAAUCAAAUUAAAAUCCUCCUGUGCAGUGCAGACAUGGAGCAAACCGAGGUGGUGAAGCCCGAAACUCUGGACGAGCUGACCGCAAUUCUGCACAAGAUCUUCGAGAGUGACAACAUCAAUGUGGAGGAGGUUCAAAAUAUCAUGGAAUCAUACGAGAGCAAGCCUCACGAAUGGAUGAAGUAUGCAAAGUUUGACCAAUACAGAUACACGAGGAACUUGGUUGAUGAGGGUAAUGGGAAGUUCAAUCUCAUGAUUCUCUGUUGGGGUGAAGGACAUGGCAGUAGCAUCCACGACCACACAGACUCUCACUGCUUCCUGAAGCUGCUGCAGGGACAGCUGAAGGAAACGCUGUUCGACUGGCCGGACCGCAAAUCACACGGAGACAUGGUGCAGAAAUCUCAGAGGAUCCUCCAGGAGAAUAAGGUCGCUUACAUCAACGACUCCAUUGGUCUGCAUCGUGUAGAAAACGUCAGUCACACAGAGUGCGCCGUGAGUUUGCAUCUGUACAGUCCUCCGUUCGAGACCUGUCAGACCUUUGACCAGCGAACGGGCCACAAGAACACCGUCAAGAUGACCUUUUGGAGCAAGUACGGAGAAAGGACUCCAUAUACCUCAGUUUCACAAGAGAACAACUAGACGUCACGUAAAGGGCCUCCAGCAGAUGAAGACAUUUUCAUUUAGAAUGACAGCUGCAUGAAAUUAAUUCAAUGGAAUAACCAGAAAAAGGUGAACCCACAAAUGGCCAUGCUUCCCAUCGGAAAAUCAGGAGUGGACCAGUUCAAAAUGGACAAUCCGCUAAUUGGAAAUGCUUUAUCGCUGCCCAGUGUGAACUUGGCAAAUACUGAUGAGCACAGGACGAAUGCAUGAAUAGGCUUGGACGUGGAUUGAAUCUGCCUUUUGUUUGCUUGGCCUGAAGAGAGCCUUUUUCCUACAAUAACAACAUUCCUGUCUGUCCACUACCUGUGUAACAACACUUUUGUAAAGUUGACUCGUAGUCAAACAUUUGCUCUUCAAUGUUUUUAAAAAGAGGAAAUAUUGCUGUUUUAGAAAUUCUUUUUUGUAUCACAAAGGGGCAAAAAAGCAUCUGUUGUGUAAUGAACAGUUUCGUUCUCAAUCACUCUUUUAUAGCUGUACUCACUGCUGAUUCAUGCCACUCAAAACUGUCUUAAAUCUGUAGAAAGCUGAGGAUUGUGACCUGUACAGUUUACCUGCAAAACGUUUGUUCUGUUUGCGUUGGGAGUAAGAAGUGUAAAGCUUUAGAGUUUUGUUGUUUUUAAACAUGUGAUGCUUGUAAUUUAUUUGCAGAGUAUCCUGUACUCUGAAAGAGUUUUUAAAUCGGCAAGCUUUUAAAUGUGUUCAUGCCAAUAGAGCAACGUGGAAAACCUAUUUUGUAUUAUUAGAAGAUAAAAUGUUUAUCUAAAAACUCAGGAUUUUUAUUUUUCCUGUAUUUCUAUAGUGUUCAGUCUUUCACAGCGCUGACUAUUGCAUACUUCCAUCACUGUAGAAGAAUAAACACUAUCUCAUUUUCCCACA